CCAGUGACGAGAAAUCUAUUUUUAUGAGCGAUAGCCGGCUCUCUCGUAACACCUAGGCAUGAGCUGUCGAGUGAAAAUCAUACAUUUUAAUUAGUAGUCACGUAAUAAUGGAAUCUAGGAUAUUGUGAUGUUGGCGUGUGAAUCCCGUUAACAUAGUUUUUAACGUAACAUACGACUUUCUUGAGCUUUUAAUUAGGUAUAGGUUUUUUAAUACCACGUCGGUGACAAACAAGCACACGGCCUGCUUAAGCUAAGCGGUCACCGUAGUCUAUGGACGCCUGUAAAUCCAGUUCUGGGAGAUAAUUUCCGACGAGCAUGGUAUCGACACGACCGGCCACUACCACGGGGACAGCGACCUGCAGCUGGAGCGUAUACAAGUCUACUACAACGAGGCUGCCGAUGGAACUCGCUUUGUGCCUCGCGCCGUCCUAGUGGACCUGGAGCCUGGCACCAUGGACGCUAUCCGCUCUUCCACCUACGGCCAGUUGUUCCGUCCGGACAACUUCGUCUUUGGCCAGAGCGGAGCCGGUAACAACUGGGCGAAAGGCCACUAUACUGAGGGCGCUGAGCUGGUGGACGCCGUCAUGGACGUCGUCAGGAAGGAGUCAGAGGGUUGCGACUGUCUUCAAGGGUUCCAGCUCACCCACUCCCUGGGCGGCGGCACGGGCUCCGGCCUCGGCACGUUGCUGCUCAGCAAGCUGCGCGAGGAGUACCCCGACCGCAUCGUCAACACCUUCAGCGUCAUGCCUUCACCCAAGGUGUCCGACACGGUAGUAGAGCCAUACAACGCCACUCUUUCCGUGCACCAGCUGGUAGAAAACACGGACGAGACCUUCUGCAUCGACAACGAAGCGCUCUACGACAUCUGCUUCAGGACUCUGAGGCUCUCGGAACCUACGUAUGGAGAUCUAAAUCAUCUUGUUUCGUUGACGAUGUCCGGAGUGACGACAUGCCUCCGGUUCCCCGGACAGCUCAACGCGGAUCUCCGGAAGUUAGCCGUCAACAUGGUGCCUUUCCCUCGCCUGCACUUCUUCAUGCCUGGGUUCGCUCCACUGACCGCCAGAAACAGCCAAGGCUACAGAGCUCUCACAGUACCAGAAUUAACUCAACAGAUGUUCAGCCCCGGCAACAUGAUGACGGCGUGCGACCCGCGGCACGGGCGCUACCUCACCGUGGCGGCCAUCUUCCGCGGCCGCAUGUCCAUGAAAGAAGUUGACGAGCAGAUGCUCACUGUCCAGGAUAAAAACUCUAGUUACUUCGUGGAGUGGAUCCCCAACAACGUGAAGGUGGCGGUGUGCGACGUGCCGCCGCGCGGCGUCAAGAUGGCGGCCACGUUCGUCGGCAACUCCACCGCCAUACAGGAGAUCUUCAAGCGCGUCUCCGAGCAGUUCACCGUCAUGUUCCGCCGCAAGGCAUUCCUUCAUUGGUACACGGGCGAGGGCAUGGACGAGAUGGAGUUCACGGAGGCCGAGAGCAACAUGAACGACCUGGUGUCGGAGUACCAGCAGUAUGAGGAGGUGGGAGUAGAAGAUGGAGAAUUCGAUGAACAAGAAGAGAUGCCCGGAGACGAAUAUACUGAGGAAGGAUAAGUCCUAGUCAUCACUUCUCAAUUCUCAUGUGUCGCAUAUCAUUUGCUACACUCUGGGCGAGUUGGGUAGUGGUACUGUCACAGGGGGGGGGGGGGAUGUUGACCAUAUCUUAUUUUUUAUAUAAACAGGAUACAAGGGAGUUUUGAUAGUUCUUACGUAAGAUCACAAAAAUGCACAAAGUUAAGAAUUAAGAUUAUAGGUACUUCAAAAAGCGCGGACUGAUCAAAAUUUUAAAUAAAGAUAAAUCAUAAAAAAUAACUUUACUUCUUACAUUGGUGUAUGAAGUAAAGUUCAAAAUUCAAAAUGUUUAUUGCAUAUCACAUUACACAUUAUUAGGUGGAGCUUAUAAGUGAGUUCAUAUGUGACACCCUGCAAGGGCACAGCAAUACAUAUACUUAAAACUAACAUGCAUAUAUUAACAUUAUUAAUCAAAUUUAUCAUUAAAAAAUUCAUGUACACUAUAGUUCUUUUUUAUUACCGACCGAUUUUAGGACCGUCAACUUCGCUCUUCCGGCAAUUCGUUUUCUGUGCCGUUCGUCUUUAGAACGGACUUCCCUACGGCAUCAAAAAUGCUCAAAAUAAGUUUGCAUUUAAAAAAUCCUUACGUGCUUUCUUUGCUAGCAGAAUGAAAAAUUAAUAAUGUAUGUGUAAGCUCUAUAUGUUUUGUCGUUAUCUAUGUAUGUAUAUAUUAUAAGAAAUAUAAUUAUGUAUAUUUAUGUAUGUAUGUAUUAUGUAUGUAUGUAUGGUAUGUUAUUGUAUUAUAUUUGGUUGUUGCUGUUAAAGUAGCACCGCCCACAAUCUCUCUGCGUUGCCUAAAGGUUGACUGGUAGAGAAUGCCUCAUGGCAUUAAGUCCGCCUUUUGUACUAUAAGGUUUUCUUUUGUGCAAUAAAGAUUAAAUAAAUAAAUAAAUAUGAGGGAGUCAUAAUCAUUCAAAAAUCAUCUUACGUAAUAAAUGAAUGGUCCCAACCCAAUCUCACUUCCUACUAUUCCAUUGACAUAUAUCUAAGGACGGGCAUAUCCCAUGGGAAAUUUAUUGUUUAGGUUUAAAGAAUCUUUAUUACUCAUAAGAAUAUUACAAUUCACUUACAUGAGUAAACAUACUUAUACUAAGAAUUAAUUAUUAUGACCACCUUAACAUAUUUUUGACAAUCAGGAUCACGACCCCAAAAUGAUCCAGUAUUAGCGUUAAAAUUGUACCCAGAGUGUAACCUAUGAUGAUGAUGUCAUGAGCCAAUAGGCAUUAGGCGGGUCCACACAGAGCGAGAUUAGCGUAUGCUCGCUCUGUGUGGACCCGCCUAAUAAGAUAUGAGAUUGAACAACAAACUUAUGAGUAUAGAAAUACGUACAAACGUACUUAUGGUUGUAUAAUGUGAGCUGACUGUCCAAGUUUCUAUUACAUUAGAGUGUAAGAACUAUUGUUAUACAAAAUUAUAAUUUUUUCCUUAUACAUUGAGAUAUUUGGUUUUUUUUUUUUGCUUCAUUAUAAGUACAUAUAAUUAGGGUUGCCAUCCGUCCGGGUUUCCCCGGAUUUGUCCUAGUUUAGUGGGCGUCCGGGGGGGGACUUCAUUUGUAGGUCGGGUUUAAAAAUGUAAAGUCUUAGGCCGCCCGCGACACACGCACAGCCUGUUUAAAAAACCUGUUGACAUGUCUGGGUUCUGGACUCUAAAAUCCGGGGUUUACACGCGUUUUGUCCUGGUUUCCAAAUUUUAGAGAUAGCAACCCUACAUAUAAUCAUUCCUAUGUAAAUCUUACUUCUUUUUGUUAAGAGGUUUUAUUAAUUUUUUGACAAAUGCAUGGUUUUUGUAAUUUAGACCAGGGAUCGGAAACCCGUAUUUUUUGUAUGGGAAAGAAAACGGUAUUUUUUCGUUCUUUGUAAAUUAUUUAAUUUCUAAUUGGGCAAUGUAAUAGUAAGUAGUUAUUUCAAAACACAACUGAGUCCUAUAUUUGGAGUAUAAAAUAAUACGAAAUAUAUGGUUAUUUGCCUAUGCCAAGAAGGCAGGCUAAAUAACUAAUGAAAAGCAAUGUUAUUAAAAUUAUGUAAGAAAAAUAUUAAAAUUAAUAUAAAUGCCAUGUGAAUUAAUGUAAAUCCUGUUAAAACGUCAUAUUAAAACGAACGUGAGCAAUAUAAGAAAGGUAACAUUACGAAUUUCAGCUUAUGAAAGCAUUUAAUCUGACAGAAAGUCAUUCUAGAAAACAAAUUGUGGAGAACGCCCGCACGAAAAAUAUUCACGAAACUGACGUCAAAGUACGAACCGGUGACCCUGGAAUUGUCGCCGACCCUUUUUGUGACGUCUACCUGAAGAUUAUUGUACUCACAGGCCAACUUAGAACCCAAGAACCGGGUUAUUAAGUUCCCGAACUAUAAGACUACGAGCUACCUUCACAGAUUUGAAGCUAAUUGAAAACACAACAUAAUAGAAAUGUAUAUUUUGGUCAAUAAAGGCUAUUCUUAUCUUAUCUUAUAUGGUUAUUUCAAAGUUUAUGCAAAAAACCGGUUCCAAUCCUUGAUUUAGACUGCAUAAAUAUAUUGAUUUAUACACACAUCAAUUUUAAAAUAUGUUAAAAAAAAUCUGUAUGGAUAUGAUGGUUGUUCUUGUCUACUUUACAGUGUGAUGAAAUGCUGUCCAUCACUUUCUAUCCCUUGGUGUUAAAAA